CAAUCUCGGAUGUGUGACGGUGGCUGUGUGAAGUAGCCAACAGCGCCUCUAGGGUCGAGAGCGAGCUGACACAGGAGCAGAGAGGAGCGGAGUCAUUGUGCGUCAGGGACCGUGCGGCAGCCCCGGAGUUGGAGGAAGACGCGAUGACUUAAAACCUUCCCCUGCCGGGUCUUCGCACUAGAACCAUGCGUGUCGAGCUCACUCCGGAUCCACAUGUGCCUUCGCCAACAGCUCCGGAGGGACUUCACGUGUUCGUGCGCGUCGACGAGGAGGAAAUGUUGACGACCGGAGGAGUUUGCGUGUCCUAGCGUGUUAGGUCGUCCGAGCCAGACGACGAGCGCGAAUGUAGCGGGCGAGGAAUCACUGUCGCCCGCCGAAGCUCCGCGCGUGUUCUGGUCAGGUCCGUGGCCGCGUUGUGCUGGAGCCGCUGGGGAGGAUGCAGGUGAAGAAGCAGCGGGACUCGGAGCGGAGCGGCGCGGACAUGCUGGAGAGAGACGCCCCCCGAAAAAGCCCCUCUUGCUUCUCGAAUAUCAAGAUAUUCCUGAUAGCGGAAUGUGCCCUCAUGUUGGCCCAGGGCACCGUCGGCGCUUACCUGGUAAGCGUUCUGACCACUCUGGAGCGACGGUUCAACCUACAAAGUGCCGAUGUCGGCGUGAUAGCCAGCAGCUUUGAGAUCGGCAACUUGGCGCUCAUCCUGUUCGUUUCGUACUUUGGAGCCAAAGCACACCGGCCUCGUCUGAUCGGCUGCGGCGGGAUUGUUAUGGCGCUGGGCGCCCUUCUGUCAGCGCUCCCCGAGUUUCUCACCAACCAGUACGAAAUUGGGGAAAGGGUGAGGACUGAUAAGGGUCGGGACGUCUGCUCCAACAGCAGCAACAGUGAAGAAAUCUGGUUGGCGGAGAAAGCUCUGUGCGCGAACAAGGCCAACACCAACAUGAUGUACCUGCUGCUGAUUGGAGCUCAGGUCCUGCUGGGGAUAGGAGCCACACCGGUGCAGCCCCUGGGGGUGUCCUACAUUGAUGACCACGUGAAGAAGAAAGACUCUUCACUCUACAUAGGGAUUCUGUUUUCCACGCUGGUGUUUGGCCCGGCCUGUGGCUUCAUCCUGGGCUCCCUCUGCACCAAGUUCUACGUGGAUGCCAUCUUCAUUGACACCAGUAAACUGGCCAUCACCCCGGACGACCCGCGGUGGAUCGGGGCCUGGUGGGCCGGCUUCCUCCUGUGCGGUGCCUUACUCUUCUGCUCGGCUCUCUUCAUGUUUGGGUUCCCUCAGUCGCUGCCCCUGAAGGAGAGAGAGGAGGGGCCCGAGAGCGAGCAGGUCAUGCUGCCUCCCAAUGCUCUCAGCCCGGACUCAGAGUCGACCAAACCCAGCAACGGCGCCCUGCUCAGCCAUGAGCCUCUCAACAGCGCCACCUGCUGUGAACAACUGAGAGUGAUCCCCAAAGUGACCAAGCACCUUCUCUCCAACCCGGUGUUCACCUGCAUCAUCCUGGCGGCCUGCAUGGAGAUCGCCGUGGUGGCCGGAUUCGCGGCAUUCCUGGGGAAGUACCUGGAGCAGCAGUUCAACCUGACCACCACCUCAGCCAACCAGCUCUUAGGCAUGACGGCCAUUCCCUGCGCCUGCCUGGGCAUCUUCAUGGGAGGCUUGCUGGUGAAGAAGCUGAACCUGUCGGCACUGGGGGCCAUCCGCAUGGCCAUGCUGGUCAACCUGAUCUCCACCGCCUGCUACGUCUCCUUCCUCUUCCUGGGUUGUGAUACGGGUCCAGUCGCUGGAGUCACCGUCCCAUAUGCAAACAGCACACUGCGUGUGGGUGAGGUACCAGAAGCCAAGUGCAUCAGCCACUGCAACUGCUCCACCUCCUCCAUCAGCCCGGUCUGUGGCUCCAACGGGGUCACCUACCUGUCGGCCUGCUUCGCCGGCUGCACUCGCUCCAACAGCGUCCAGACCUCGACAGGCAUCAUCCAGAAUCUGACUGGGUGCAGCUGCAUAUCACCGGACAUGGAGUCCGCCAAGGCUGACCCGGGAAAGUGCCCCACUCCAGGCUGCCAGGAGGCUUUCCUCAUCUUCCUGUGUGUGAUCUGCGCCUGCAGCCUGGUGGGCGCCAUGGCCCAGACCCCCUCCGUCAUCAUCCUGAUCAGGACUGUGAGCCCGGAGCUGAAAUCCUACGCCCUCGGAGUUUUGUUCCUGCUGCUGCGACUCUUAGGCUUCAUCCCGCCGCCACUGAUCUUCGGCGCGGGCAUCGAUUCCACUUGCCUUUUCUGGAGUUCGGACUGCGGCGAUAAAGGCGCCUGCCUGCUCUACGACAACGUGAAGUACCGCCACCUCUACGUGAGCCUGGCCAUCAUCCUGAAGGGUGUGGCCUUUCUCCUCUACACCACCACGUGGUACUGUUUACGCCGGAACUACCAGAAGUACAUCAAAAGCCAGGAGGGUCAGAUGACACAGACUGAGUUCUUCCCCUCACUGACGGACGGGCCCAAGCUCGCCGGCAGAACCAAGUUUAUUUAUAACCUAGAGGACCACGAGUUUUGCGAAAACAUGGAGUCUGUUUUAUAGGACAGAGACAAGACUUUUCUCAAAGGGUCCAUCGUAGUCAGUGGGCUCCUCGAGUCAGUAGGAGACCAAAACGUUGAGGUCUAGAUGGAGGCGUUACUAUAGUUGCCAUAUUUUUAUUUUGAUUUUUUUAGGUCUGUCGUGUGAGAUGACCUGUCAGUCAGUGCACUGUGUGUUCUGUCUCUCUCUGAACAUUGAAAAGUCGGCGUGGUUCUCCUUUAUUUAUUUCAAUGUUGCCUCAAAAUACAAUGAGCGCUGAAGCAACACGACGAGAACCCACCCGGCUUGGUUACUUUAGUGGCCUAUUAGAAGCUUUAAGGAAAACAGGAUUGUGGUUUUGUUCUGUUGAGUUGGUGUCGCCGGAUCCUAGACGAUGCUUAGACUAGACCCAAGUCUGUUAGCUGCGGUUCAUAUCUGUCUUUUCUAGUCUUUGUUUUUCAGCCUGUUUUGUCUUAACAAGGGAAAAAGAUAUCGUUUGAGCAGAGGUAUAUUUUUGUGUUUUGACAGUCCAAUAAAAAAGAUUUGGAGUAAUA